UGCAACGCCACGUCAACGCUGUAUAUUUGAGUUCGGACUGCAGGCAGAGAGCCAGAGAGAGAGAGAGAGAGAGAGAGAGAGAUGGAAGAAGAGGAAGGAAGUGAAACGCAGAGAAUGGUGAAGGAGAAGGCCGCUGGUGGUAGCAACGAAAGGGGAAAGCCAAAAGUGGUGGUGAUAAUGGGGCCAACGGGUUCGGGCAAAUCGCGGCUCGCCAUUGACCUUGCCUCCCACUUCCCCCUCGAAAUCAUCAACGCCGAUUCGAUGCAGUUAUCAUGACUUUGAUUCGCCGGAUGUUAGGUUUACCGGGGACUGGAUGUUCUCACCAAUAAAGUUCCUCUUCAAGACCAGAAAGGAGUGCCGCAUCAUCUUCUGGGCACGGUUAGCCCUAACCUCGAAUUCACAGCGAAGGAUUUCCGGGAUUCUGCUAUUCCUUAUUGAAGAUAUACUGUCUCGCAAUUGUGUACCCAUCAUUGUUGGAGGAACUAAUUACUAUAUCCAGGCUCUGAUGACUCCAUUCCUUCUGGAUGAUUCUCUUGAAGAUAUGGAUGAAUAUUGCCCAAGUGACUGCACUGGAGAUAAGCAACAAAAUUCUGAAUUGGAAUCAGGUCUUCUAGCAAGUCUGAGUUAUGAUUAUGAUUGUCUUAAGGAUCUUGAUCCAGCUGCGGCUAAUAGAAUCCAUCCCAAUGAUCAGAGAAAGAUCAAUCAAUACCUAAGCUUGUAUGGCCGUUAUGGUGUUCUUCCUAGCAAACUUCUUCAGGGAAAAGCUAUGGAGAACUGGGGUCGAGCACAAAAUUUCAGAUACAACUGCUGCUUUAUAUGUGUGGAUGCUUCUCUCCCUGUGCUGGACAAAUAUGUUGAACAAAGGGUUGAUCGCAUGGUAGAAGCUGGUUUACUUGAUGAGGUUUUUGAUAUAUACAACUUGAAUAUGGAUUAUACUCGAGGUUUGCGGCAGGCUAUUGGUGUUAGGGAAUUUGAGGAUUUUCUUAAAGCUUACCUCUUUGGAGGUCAAAAUGGCAAUGAAAAUGGACUGAAUCACCUUCAAAUGUGGCCAAACAAAGAUGAUCAGAUGUUGAAAGAAAACAUGACGAUAAUCCUGAAUUCCUUGGUUGAGAAUCAACUAAAUGUUUGCUUGAAAGAUGCCAUUGACAAAGUAAAAAUAAAUACCCGAAGACUUGUUCGUCGUCAAAAGAGGAGGCUUAACCGACUGCAGAUGCUGUUUGGCUGGAAUAUAAAUUACGUUGAUGCUACUGAAUCCUUAUUAGGUGCAACGAACGAUUCAUGGGCAGCAAACGUGGUUGAACCUUCUUCAGGAAUAAUCAGAUCUUUUUUAAGCGAGGCCGAGGACUUAGUGGACAACUUGGGGGCCAGGACUAGUACUGAAGGACAGGAAUUGAUCCAAAGGGACUUGUGGACUCAAUAUGUGUGUAAGGCUUGUGGAAAUCGGGUGCUCAGAGGCGGCCAUGAGUGGGAACAACAUAAACAGGGCCGGGCCCAUCGAAAACGCAUAUCUCGGCUUAAGAAGUCCGGAUGCUUUAUUGAGUAGUUGCAGUAUGAACUUGGCUCCAACGACUUUCAAGAAUAUGGUACUGAUACGGCACAGGCUUGGAUAGGUUAAUGUUAAAAGGUUGGAUAUUGAUUAGUGCAUUACUGCGAUUGUUUUUCCCAUUCAAUUUUAAUUUCCCCCCUGUUCCUUCUUCCUUUAGGUUUUUUUCCCAUGGUUUUUCAUCUGUACUGUACAGCAGGGUAGAACCCAAAACUGGCCCUUAUUUGGGCAGCCUUAAAUUUUGUUAGAUAUGAUAUGAUGUUCUAAAUA